GAUCCUCCACAGUUCCUUCGGCUGUUCAUUUUACACUUCUUCGUGCUCCACUCCAUUACUAGUCUUUCCGCGUUCCUCCGCCUUCUUUUGUUGUUUCUACACAUUCUUCUCCUUUCUGUUUUGCUAAGUGUAGCCAAAAGGAUGAAAUAGAAGAAGAGAAGAAGAGUAGUGUGGGUUCACAUUGCAUUUCCCGCCAAGUGUAAAGGGGCGCGCGAAAAACCAUUUUUUCAGUGUCUGAGUGGCUUCUUCUUCUACACUCUAAACCUAAACCUCCGAAUCCGAAGAGAAUGAAGGGUGGCACGGUUCAGAUUAUCUGGCACGAGAGAAAACCCGUCUUAACUCUCGAUUUUCACCCCCUCACCGCCACUCUUGCCACCGCUGGCGCCGAUUUCGACAUCAAGUUUUGGUCGAUAAAGCCAUCGGGGACGGAGAAACUUCCCGUAGUUUCCUAUCUCAGUAACCUCUCUUAUCAUAGCUCUGCAGUGAAUGUUAUUCGCUUCUCUUCUUCCGGGGAAUUGCUGGCCUCUGGCGCUGAUGGAGGGGACCUGAUAAUAUGGAAGCUAAAUUCUGCCGAUACUGGUCAGGCAUGGAAGGUUCUCAAGAUGUUACGAUCUCAUCUCAAGGACAUUUUGGACCUGCAGUGGUCUUCCGAUGCCACAUAUAUCAUAUCUGGAUCAGUUGAUAAUUGUUGCAUUAUAUGGGAUGUUAACAAAGGAACUAACCUUCAGACGUUGGAUGCCCAUGCGCACUAUGUUCAAGGGGUUGCAUGGGACCCUCUAGGGAAAUACGCUUCUUCUCUUAGUUCAGAUAGGACUUGCAGAAUUUACAUGAAUAAGCCUCAUAAAUCAAAAGGCACUGAGAAAAUCAAUUAUGUUUGCCAGCAAGUCAUUUCUAAGGCAGAUAAGCCAUUAUUAAAAAAUUCUCAGGAGACAAAAAUUCACCUCUUCCACGACGAGACAUUGCCAUCUUUUUUCAGAAGAUUAGCAUGGUCUCCUGAUGGUUCAUUUUUAGUUGUGCCUGCAGGCUCUUACAAAACUAAUACUGCAUCUGAGACUGUGAAUGCGGCUUACAUAAUUUCUCGAAAAGAUCUUUCUAGGCCUGCUAUACUGCUCCCCUGCACAAAUAAAGCUGUUGUAGCGGUCCGGUUCUGUCCUAUAAUUUUUAAACUUCGGGGAACGAACUCUCUUGACUCAGCUCGUGUAUUUAACCUCCCAUAUCGCAUCAUAUUUGCUGUGGCCACUUUGAAUUCGCUGUACAUUUAUGACACCGAGAGCAUAUCUCCGUUAGCUGUAUUAUCUGGUCUUCACUAUGCCGCAAUAACAGAUAUUACUUGGUCAUCUGAUGCUCGUUAUUUGGCAUUGUCAUCACAAGAUGGUUUCUGCUCUUUGGUGGAAUUUGAAAAUGACGAACUUGGAUCACCUUACUCUUUAUCUGAAGCAAAAGUCGAGGAGGAUAGUAAGAGUACUGUACAGACAGGCAAUGCCACUGUACCAACUGGGAAUUUUAGUGCAGUUCUAUCAGAGAGCAAGGACAUGGAAAUAGAAGCGGUGGCUGUUGACAUGGUCACUGGAGAGUCUGGGAAUAUAGGCACUGCAAUAACAGAAAACCUGAGCACUCUUACCCAAGACAAGCCUGACAACAUGGUCAUAGAGGCAACUGGGAAUGUUGAAGGGGUUAUAGUAGAUAGUAGGAAAAAUGAAGCAGAAGAGAAAACCGAUGACAUGGUUAUUGAAGCAACUGGAAGAAUUGGUACUGCUGAAUUAGAUAGAAGAAAAGCGGAAGCAGAACAUAAGGCAGCGAAACAGCCAUGGAAUUUGGGUACAGUAAGUUUUGGAGCUCAAGACAAGACUGAGAAACAGCUAGCUAAUCCAGAUUCAGAUGGAAAACAAACGGAAUCAAGGGAGAAGACAGCAACUCUGCAAUCAAGUUUGGACAGUAUAAAAUCAGGGGCAGAAGAAAAGGCUCAGCAACAAUUGUCCAGUUCGAAGAGUACACCCUUAUCAAAUAAGCCAGCCAGGAAGCGUAUUACUCCAAUGGCCAUUGAUCCAUGAUUUUUCAAUUCCUGAGAAAUUUCAUCCAUGCCUGUCUUUGUACAUCUUUUUGUGCGCCAUUUAUUCGGAAGUCACAUUUCCCCUUCGUCGUUUUCAUUGUUUUUGACCUAUUCUGUAAUAUAGGUUCCAAUAUAAUAUUUAGUGAAAACAAUCUUCAUCUUGGAGA